GUCGAGGCGGACAACUUGAUUAAAGAGGAUAUUCGCCCGAUCAGAUAUACGUGCCACGCCCGACAGUGGUGUUUGGAACACCUGACGCACUUGAUUGCUGGGGCUGAUUUGCACAGACAUUACGAUUACUGGGUGGCAUUGGCAACGUUCGUGAACGUGUACAGGAGCGUGGGUAACCCUAUCCGAGUGAAGAUGGAAUGGGAGCGGCUGCGUCCUCAUGACGACGCCCUCAAGAUAAUCAAGCGGCGGCUACCACCACGGCCACUUCGAGGACGGUGGUCUUCAGUGAACGAGACGGAGAAAUGGGUGGGAGAAGUUGGCGCGUGGCGGCAUCUGCCGUCUAUAUUCUUGUCAGCGAUGGUUGUUCCAGAUGCGUUCGCCGAGAUCCAGAGGAAGUUGCACCCCACGGUGGCGGCCAAGGCUGCAGCUAAAGCUAAAGCCGUCGCGAAGGGGAAGUCGAAGGCCAACGUUACUAUACAUCUCCUCAAGAAGCCCAAGCCCAAGAAGCCAAAGCAAAUGCCGAAGGUCGCCAAGACCAAGACCACUUCAGUUGUUUUGGAAUCCAGGUUCGGGGACAGCGCCGACGUGCUGGAGGAGCUCGUCGGGGAAAGCUGCAAGUUAUACUCUGUGAAAAAGGGCAAAUGGACGACCAACGCGAUGAUGAGCGUCUCGUCCAAGUGGUUCUGGUGCACCAUGCACGUGUCAUCUACGGCCAGGGCCGGCCUUGAGGCGUUCUCGCAGAUGCUGAGGAAGUACCAGGAGUACGACCCCUUCGCGGCGUCAGAGAAGCAUAUGCAGGAGCUGCGGGAUGGGCACCUGCCAUCCCCCACGAAGCCACCGUUAGUUGUGCAGCUCGUGUCGGGGAGAGCCCUCGAUGUCUACGACCAGGUCUGCGGCCUCCUCAACCCGAUGAGUUCGAAGGAUACGUGGGAGAACCCUCUCAACGACAUCAUCAACGAGGGGUACUUGCAAGGCGAUGAUAGAGAUUCUUCUUUGUCAAAAUGGCUGGGCAAAGCAGUCGAAGCAGUUUUGGCUGUUGCUUGCGAUUACAAGCGCCGCAUUUUGGACCCUGUUUGCGGGCUGUUCCCAACCCGACUGUUCUGGUUGAUAGUUUCGCCACCCAGCGAGAAGUGCCCCUGCAGAGGGCGCGUCGCUGUCGAGAUCCUGAGCAAUGCAUUCACGGACGACUUCACCGUCAAGUUUAAGGAGCACUGGUUUACAGAUGUUAUGGGGUGCGCGGACACGGGGGAAUGCUCUCUCAUGAUGUACACGUACCUCUGCGACGUCGCGGCCACAUUCAAGGAAUGCGAGAGCACCGAGUUCGCCGACGAGGACUGCGAGAUCGACGGCGGCGUCGGCCCUGAAGACGCCAGCGUCGGCGCCGAUCAGGCUGGCGGGGGCGACGACGCAGACGUCGGCCCUGGUGCCGAUCAGCCCAGUGGGGGCCACUGGGCGCCGCAGCCGCCGCACCCAGUGUAUGAGCGCAUGCGUGCGACUGCGACUGGCCAGUCGGGCGCGUGCGGGCACUACGUGCCACCUCGCGUCUAUGACAGAGUAGUUCAAGAGAAGGCAUCGAGAUUAUGGCUCCGUUUCAGGAAGCGCAUUGAAGCAGAGCUGGGGCAGGCCUUCGCUACCUCGUCUCGCUUCGCCUACAGCGCCAACGUCGACGGGUCGUCGCAGCUCCUCGUGCCAAUCUUGAAGUUUGGGCGCUGCACGUACUGGUUCGCAGUGCUGGAGCUUGGGGAAAGCGAGUCUGGCCUCGAGCGUGUGCCACCUGAAGGCAGAGAUCUCGGUUGCGCCCACAUUCCCUUGCCAGUGACGUUCCACUCAUCACUGCAGGUCAUGUGCAAUUUGGCGAUGCUUGGCGCUACGUUGGACAGCGUGGCAGUGUUCACCCUGGAUUGGUAUUCGAUCAACGCGGCCAACAUCCUGGACGUCGCGCGCAUCUCCCUGGCGACGCUGGCGAGGAAGCCCACGCCCAAACCUGGCGAGCCCGCGGAGCCCGCUGCGGCGGAGGGCGGCGUCGGGGACGAUCCCGAGCCCGAGGGCGUCGACGGCCAGGCCGGUGGCGACGGCGAGGGCGAGGGCGACGACGACGUGGCUGGCAUGGGCGAAACCGCAGGCGACGUGCUGCAG